AUGUCGCUUAGUACUCACCCAGAGUUCGACGUCCGACAAGGAAGCCAUUCCUCUACUCCUACCAUAUCACGCAAGGAUCCAGUUAAAGUCAGCUUCUCGGGCUUCCCGGCCAAGCCCGGGAAGCCCGGGCUUGGCCGGGCUUCCUCAGAACUCCUCGACCAACAAGAUGUCCCAGUGGAAGUCGGCUCAUCAAGGGAGGAAAUCCUGCAGGUAGCCGACGCAGCUUCGGGGAACCCUCAACACGCACCCCCCUCUCCACUGUCCGCUCCCAAUGCCGCUGCUAAUGCUGCCGCUGGCACCGCUGCUGCUGCUGCCGCAGCUGCGGCUAAAAGAAAACAACCCGUCGUCACGGUGCCCUUCCACUUCCUGCCUGAGCACCCCGGCGUGCAACCAUCGGCCUCGGCUUCCUCCGCCAACACAGCCUACGCACCAGCCGUGUGUCUAGCCAUCCUGCCUACUGCCGCCUCCGCGCUCGGCGUCAUCCUGGACAACACCCUCUCAUUCGCACCCCAUAUUCACAACAUCACCCGGACUGCAUUCUUCCACCUCCGCAACAUCGCCAGACUCCGCCCAUCACUGACCCAAUCCAGCGCUGAAAUCCUAGUUCACUCAUUUGUCACAUCACGCAUAGACUACUGCAACGCCCUCCUCACCGGACUCCCCACCAAACUUAUCAACAGACUGCAGAUCAUUCAGAACUCAGCCGCCCGGAUCAUCACCCGCACCAAAUCAUCUGACCACAUCACCCCUGUCCUCAUUCAACUUCACUGGCUACCAGUACACUACCGCAUCCAAUACAAAACCCUACUCCUCACCUACAAAGCUCUGCACAACCUAGCCCCCAGUUAUCUCCGCGACCUCCUCCAAGAAUACACUCCCUCCCGCUCCCUCCACUCAACCUCUGCUGGACUACUAUGUAUCCCCACAUCACGACUCACUUCAAUGGGUGCCCGGUCAUUCAGCUGUUCAGCACCCAGGCUCUGGAACUCC